CCUCAGCGCUCGGGAUAAAGAGGGUGGCGGCACCGGCGGGGAGAAGAGAAGUCCUCCGCUAGCUCCUCAGGCGAGCAAAGGCGGCCCCUAUUUGCAAGGGGAAGAGACUCUGUCAGCGCGGCUGCUUCUAAGAGCCGGGCCCGGCGCGGGGACACCCACGUCGCCAGCGCGCGGGAAGCUCACAGCGCUUCGGGGGCGCUGCAGCUCGGGCGCAAACGACGAGGCGCAAAAAGUUUGCUGCCGGCGCUUCCCGCCCGGACGAGGGAGCUGCCACCUUCGCUAAGGGCGAAGGGGGGAGGGGGCGCUUGGUUCUCUCCCGAGUGGUAUAUAUCAUAUAUAUGUAUACGCGUAGACAACGCGAGCUGCUCCCAAAAGAGGCCCGAGCCAACAUACCUGGAAGAAGACUUCACCUGGAACUUAAUACAGAAGAGAUUUCAGAUUAUUCAUCAUGAAGAGUGUAGCAGAAGAAGGGUUCAGAGUAACUGCUUUACUGUUCAUAGCUCAAACAGUUUCUGCUAUGGUACUUCCCAAUGCAACACUAUUUGAGGAGCUGCUGGAAAAGUACAUGAAUGAGGAUGGCGAAUGGUGGGUUGCCAAGCAGAGGGGGAAGAGGGCUAUCACUGACAGUGAUAUGCAGAGUAUCUUGGAUCUUCAUAAUAAAUUACGGGGUCAGGUGUACCCACAGGCUUCCAAUAUGGAAUAUAUGACAUGGGAUAUUGAGCUGGAGAGAUCAGCAGAGUCCUGGGCUGAGACAUGCCUUUGGGAACAUGGGCCUGCAAGUCUUCUUCCAUCCAUUGGACAGAAUUUGGGAGCCCACUGGGGAAGAUACAGACCUCUAACUUUUCAUGUCCAAUCGUGGUAUGAUGAAGUGAAAGAUUUUAGCUAUCCUUAUCCACAGGAAUGCAACCCUUAUUGCCCCUACAGAUGCUCUGGUCCUGUGUGCACUCAUUAUACACAGGUGGUGUGGGCAACAAGUAGCAGAAUAGGUUGUGCUGUUAACUUGUGUCACAAUAUGAAUGUCUGGGGACAGAUAUGGCCAAAAGCAAUUUACUUGGUGUGCAAUUACUCUCCCAAGGGUAAUUGGUGGGGCCACGCUCCAUACAAACAUGGUCGCCCAUGUUCUGCAUGCCCACCUAGCUUUGGAGGAGGCUGUAGAGAGAAUCUUUGCUAUAAAGAAGGGUCAGAGAGGCGCUACUCUCCAGAAAUGGAAACCAAUGAGAUUGAACGACAACAGUCACAUGUUCAGCAUUCAACACAGAAUCGAUUAAGGUCACAUGCGUCUACUUCUGAUGACAGGGAAAAAAAUGAGGUCAUAAGCAAACAACAAAUGUCUCAAAUUGUUUCUUGUGAGGUACGGUUAAGGGACCAGUGUAAAGGAACAACUUGUAAUAGGUAUGAAUGUCCUGCUGGCUGUCUGGAUAGCAGUGCCAAAGUUGUUGGGAGUGUUCAUUAUGAUAUGCAAUCAAGUAUUUGCAGAGCUGCAAUACAUUAUGGCAUUAUAGACAAUGACGGUGGCUGGGUUGAUGUUACCAGGCAAGGAAGAAAACAUUAUUUCAUCAAGUCCUCUAGAAAUGGAGUUCAGUCAGUUGGCAAAUACCAAUCUGCUAAUUCCUUCACUGUCUCUAAAGUAUCAGUGCAAGCUAUCACUUGUGAAACAACUGUGGAACAGUUAUGUCCAUUUUACAAGCCAGCCACACAUUGCCCGAGGGUCUAUUGUCCUCACAAUUGCAUGCAGGCAAAUCCACACUAUGCCCGAGUAAUUGGAACACAAAUUUAUUCUGAUAUAUCUAGUAUCUGCCGGACAGCUGUUCAUGCUGGAGUAAUUCGGAAUGAAGGGGGCUUUGUUGAUGUUAUGCCAGUAGAUAAAAGAAGAAUGUACAUUGCUUCAUUUCAAAAUGGCAUUUUUUCAGAAAGUUUACAGAAUCCUCCAGGAAGCAAAGCAUUCAGAGUGUUUGCUGUGGUUUGAGAGAAGCAAGAAAAUUAUGAGAAGAGUAUCAAAACACAGUGUUUGGAAGAAGAGGAAAAAUACAUUUAAUCUACUUCCUCAAGUUUGUAUAAAAGUGUAAUAUUGCUGUACAGAAUAUAUUUACUGUUUCCUGAUUGAAAAAGUGUUUAAGUGCAUGUAAAUCUUAAUGGGGAAAGUCUAUAAAAUUAAACAUGGGAAAAGUUAUAUGAAAACCUAUGAUGAUAAAUGACUCAUUUUGGAUCCUGUGUUAAAUAUUGCUAUAUUUUCUUAGCAUUUAUUCCUAUGCAGUUCAUUCCAAGCUCCAUAGUUUCUUAAAAAUCUGAUUACAUGAUGAUGGUGAUGUGUUGUAUAAGCCACUAGCUUUAACUGUAAAGGAAUCUCUCUAUAUCCUCUGGGCACAGAAUUUUUGAUUGCAUUUAAAAAAUCAUGGUGCUUUGAAAUGAGUGGACAGGCAUUAUAGAAUACACACUGUUUUAUUUUGUACAACUAUCAUUAUGGAGAACUUAAUGGAAUGGGAAAUUUCACCAGCUUUAUGCCAUUUUCAAUCCUUACUUUUUUUAAUGUAAGUAAUCCUUACAUUACUUCACAAUGGGCAAAUUGAGGUGCUAUAACCUCAUACUAAGUAAUUCUUUGCAUAACAAAAUGCAAAAUAUGGUUAAAUAUUAGGAUUUUCAAAGUCUUAGAAACAUGUCUGGUAUUAUUGGGACAGAUAUUAGACUAAAACUUUAGAACUGAAGUUAAACAGCCUAAUGCAGGCAAGCAUGAGCUUGUUUGGAGGAACAGCACUUCACAGUACCUAACACUGUUCUACAUGGUAUUGGUAAAUAAUGAAUUUGCACUGUAAACAAAUGUAUAAAAUAGUCCCUAAUGGAUCUUAAUGUUUUCAUCUGGCAUAUAUUCCUGCAGGGCAUGAUACCAAAGAUUAUUAUCUCAUUAUUGUGCUCUGCCAUUUCAUUUGAUCUCAUUUAUGGUAAACAGUCCUGUGCAUUAAGUGCUACCAUAUUGUGGUAUAUUUGGGUGGGGGGAAGCAUAUAGUGCCAUAUUGUGGUAUAUUAGGGAAGAAAUACAUAAUGGUGACAAUUAUCCAUUUUUCUAUGAAUGGUGUAUUGUGUAGCACUGUAAAACUGAUAUUUUUAAAAUGUUCUUGGUUUUGUAACUUUAUAAUUCAAACUUCAUAAUUUCUUUCCAAAUAUAAUUCAUACUAAUUUUCUUCAUAAAUGCAUCACAGUAUUAUUUUGUU